CGGAAAAUUCUGCUGCUGCCUUGCUUGGUCGGGACUGGAUCAAAAAUAUUGGAGCACUGUUACUGAUAAGUUUGUUUUUUUUUCCCCCACUGUGUGUUAGUGAGAGAGAGAGGAACAGAAACCAGUGCUGAUCCCUUUCCCAACUCGUCUGAGGAAGAUUAUUGUAUGCAUGCAUGCGUGUGUUGUGUAUUUUUUUGAUGCUGCUUGUAAGCACUGUGGAACCCAAUACACUUUCUUCAAAGAAGCUUUUUUUUUGUUGCAAGUGACAGUUAUUUAAUGCAAAGAAUCCAGUCCGCGGAGAGACUGCACAAUGGAGGAAGUUGAUUGUAAGUAAAGCACCGCGAUAUUUAAAACAAAACUAAAAUAUCCUUCAUUAGAGCCUGUUUGUUCAACAUCAAACAACGAAAAGGGGCGAAUAAACAAAAACCGUGGUGAUAUUUGCAAAAUAUUGCACACCUUGAUACUUUUAAACUGCCGUUUAAUUUUCAUUCAGAGUGGGAGAGGUAGGAAACUGAAGGGCAGUGAAGGGUGGCUUAUAACCGAAAGAUGAGUUUAGUUGGAGGGUUCCCUCAUCACCCCGUGGUACACGAUGGUUAUCCUUUCGCCGCGGCGGCAGCUGCAGCGGCCGCUAGCCGCUGUCAUGAAGAGAGCCCCUACUUCCACGGCUGGCUCAUCAGUCACGCCGAGAUGUCUCCCCCCGACUACACGAUGGCGCCCAACUACAGCCCCGAGUACGCGAACGGCGGCGGGGGCCUCGAUCACACGUCGUACGGGGGUGUUUCGUCGGCGGUGGCAGCGGCGGCGGCGGGGAGCCGGCCAACCAAGCGCAGGGGCACGGCCAACCGCAAAGAGAGACGCAGGACUCAGAGCAUCAACAGCGCAUUCGCCGAGCUCCGGGAGUGCAUCCCCAACGUGCCCGCGGACACCAAGCUAUCCAAGAUCAAAACCUUGCGUCUAGCCACCAGUUACAUCGCCUACCUCAUGGAUCUCCUGGCGAAAGAUGAUCAGAAUGGGGAGACAGAGGCCUUCAAAGCGGAAAUCAAAAAGGUGGAUGUCAAGGAGGAAAAGAGGAAGCGAGAGUUGAAUGAAGUUCUGAAGAAUACAGUCAGCAACAGCGACAAGAAAACAAAAGGAAGGACUGGUUGGCCGCAGCACGUCUGGGCUUUGGAACUCAAACAGUGAAAGUUUGAACCUGACCUUAGAAGGUGGGGGUAGAAGAGACCCGAGUAUUUGUCACGCAAACUUUCGCACGUCGACAGAAGCUAUAUAUGUUCAGAAUCAACUUUAUUUAUAUGUGCAAUUUACCCCACCCCAGAGCGAGAGAGAGAGAGAGAGAGAGAACGGAAUGUUGGAAGAAAAAGCAUUUCACAAUUGGAAGAGAAAGGCCGAGUUGGUAAGGGGUUGUAUUGUUUUAUAGUAGAUGUGAAUGUUGUUCCUUCCCCCUUUUUUUAAACAUGUUAAAUGUUUAUAGCACGCACACACAUACACACACACACACACACACAAAAUAUUUCUCGGUAAAGAAUUAUGUAUUGUGCAGUGUAUCUUUCAAAGUACCUGGCAGGUCUUUUUUGGGGUAUAAAUAUUCAAGGUUGUUUUUCUAAUGUUGUAUUGGAACGAAAAGUAGGUGUACCAAAGUGCAAUUUGGUCAUGUUAGUGUGCCGUAUAAUAGUAUUAUGUUGUUGUGUUGUGGUCUUGCAGUAUUUCGUUCGGUUAUUUUCCAAUCAUUGUUUGAUAUGUGCACUUCCGUCCAAAAAGUGGAGAUUAAUAUUGGAGAUGUAAACGUUGUAAUUAUUGUC